CCAGGCGGAAGUGGUUUGUUUCUUAAAAUCCGUCAGUGCUACUGUGCUUGUGUCUUUGAGGACUGAGCUGGGAGAAGGUUGUGUCGCGUCCCGGAUAAAUGUUUGAGCUGUUGAAGCAACAAUGUCUGGAUCUGAGAGUUUGAGAGACUUGAUCAUCGAGCGACUAACUGCUGCUGCUGAAGAAAUAUUCGGACUCUUUGAAAGAACUGUCGUCCAGUACGAGGAAGAGAUCGAUCGUCAGCGCAGACUGCUGGAUAUCACCUGGAAACCUGAGAUAAAGUUACACAGAAUAGACCUCCCACAGCAACAUGUCUGCAAAGAUGAGGAGGUUCCCACUGAGCAGCAGCUCUGUAACCAGGAGAGGAACUCCAGUCUGGACCAGGAGGAACCAGAACCUCCACAGAUUAAAGAAGAUGAGGAGGAACUCUGCAUCAGUCAGCAGGAGACUGAUUCCUUGAUGGAGUCUCCUACUGAUGAAGAAUGUGAGCACAGUGAACCAGAACCAAACAGGGACCAGCUCCUCUCUCACAACUCUCCUGUAGCUGAGAGCCCUGAUCAGAGAGGAGUCGAGCAUGUAGACUCAGAACAACAUCACACUAAUAAUGUAUACAACUCUCUUAUGUCAGAGAAUCAGAGUGAUGCUAACACUGGUAGAAAGUCUGUAACAUGUGAUGUCUGUGGAAAAACAUUCAUUUCUAAGUCCAGUUUGAAAAGACAUUACAGAAUCCACACAGGUGAGAAACCUUACUGUUGCAGAACCUGCGGGAAGAGUUUCAGUACCAGUGAUGGUUUAACUGUCCACAAGAAGAGUCACAGCGGUGAGAAGCUGUGUUUUUGCAAAAUGUGUGGUAGAACCUUCAAUCAAACCUAUAGUUUGAUUCGCCACAUGAUGACUCACACAGGUGAGAAGCCUUAUUCGUGCAAAACAUGUGGUAAAACCUUCAGACAAACAUAUCAUUUAGUCACCCACAUGAGGACUCACACAGGUGAGAAACCUUAUUGUUGCAAAACAUGUGGUAAAACCUUCAGAAGAAGAUACGAGUUAAAUGUUCACGGGAAGAUUCACACGGGUGAGAAACCUUAUUGUUGCAGAACAUGUGAUAAGAGUUUCAUUACCAAUAGUAGUUUAAUCAUCCACAUGAGGAGUCACACAGGUGAGAAACCUUAUUGUUGCAGAACAUGUGGUAAGAGUUUCUAUGUCAGUUCUCAUUUAGUUGUCCACAUGAAGAUUCACACAGGUGAGAAACCUUACUGUUGCAAAACAUGUGAUAAGAGUUUCAUUACCAAUAGUAGUUUAAUCAUCCACAUGAAGAUUCACACAGGUGAGAAACCUUACUGUUGCAAAACAUGUGGUAGAACCUUCAGACAAAGACAACAUUUAACUAAGCACAUGAGGACUCACCGGUGAGGGGCCGUCUUCCUGAAACAUCUAUAGGAAGCCACACUUCCAGAAAGAAGACGUCUACGUCUGCCCGGGACACCGUGGAACUGAUAUUUGAGUUUAUAGCAGGACUUAGAGAGGUCACAGAGUGGCUGAGUUACAGACUUUCUCACUUAAUGUAAUUAUAUCACGUGUAUCUUCUCUAAGUUUUUUUAUUUUAUGUUAUAGAAUAUGUUACAGUAGUUAUCUAGUUCUGGCCUUUUUCCUUGUUUUAUUGGACCUUAUGUAAACAUUAAAGGAUGUCUUUCACUGUAAGAGCAUCAAGCAUUGUUUUCUUCGGAAUAUAUUUAAGGAACUUAAUUAAAUAAAAAAAAGUGUUGAAAUUCUCCUCAAA